AUGCUACCACCAGACCUCAACAGUGAUCAUAUGUCCCGCCUUGACUACUUGGAUUUGGAGGUUAAGAUACCGAUCCACUUCAUUGAAAUCAAGCUGACGGCUGAAUUCGACUUCGACCACCAUGAUGGCAUUUUAUCCAUCUUUCCUAGUAUCCGUUCAGCACUGCUCGCCUCCGAGCCUAUCGAGGACGAUGCAGAGCAACACAUUCUGAACCAUAUGCAUUCACUCUUCGCAGAUUCAUUCGCAUGUAUGGUACGCCGUCGCAAAUUUAGAUGGGACCGUGUUCAGCUCCCAGCAGCAAUGCUUAAAAGGAUAGCAGCGUUAGAUGAGGCUGAACGCCGGCGUUCAGCCAUCCCAGACAGUCCUCUGCCUACUGUGGUCUCCAAGCGACUCACGGACACCAAUAUCAGCGACUCUUACAUAUUUCCCGAUCCUCUGCCACCUGCAGUCGUCUCGCCACAACUGGCGGAUGAAUAUGCAAUGGAAGACUGGCGUUCUUCCACCAACUCCAUUGACAUGUCAUCGGAGUCGUCUCUCUCAUGCUCUACAAUCACAUCGCCUUAUUCCACUCGCUCCUCUCUUCAUUCACUGUCCGAAGAUGAUGCCCAGGAACAUGCCCUUUUGUCCCAACCACUCCUAAGGGUACCCACUCGAACCCGGCCACACAGAGUCACCAGUACAGAAGGCCUUCCUAGCCCUGCGCCUCCUCUCUCUAGUAUUACUCAGCGCACACGCCAUUCUAGACGCCAAAUACAAGCAUCCGCCACUUCACAGUCUACGCGGACUAUGAUGUCUUCCUCUGUCGCCCCUUCACAGUCAAUCCAAACUGUGAUGUCUCCCUCCGCCACCUCUUUGCAGCCUAUUGACACUAUGACGUCUUCCUCUGUAAAUCUUCCGCAACCAGUGUCACGCCCUUUCGUCAUUUCACCGCUGUCACCUCCGGUGAAGUUUAAACCGAUAUCUCCCACGACGCCCAGUUCUACGCCAAUGAAGUCUAAAACGAUAUCUCCCACAACGCCCACUUCUACGCCAAUGAAGUCUAAAACGAUAUCUCCCACAACGCCCACUUCUACGCCAAACAAGUUAUCAUUAAUGGGCAACCGCUCCAGUGUCGCUUCACAAUCUAGCGCAUCAUCUUCGGCCACCAAAACACGUGGAACUCAUAAGCCUGACUCGUCGGGUGUGAAAUCCAACAGGCACAAGGAGGCCGUCAAUCGGAUCAAUCCUGUGCAAAUUGAGACAGUGACACAUAGCAGGAAUGAAGGUGUCUCGAUCACCAAUAAUAUUUUUUUGCUGUCAACGGAUCCACGCGCUAACAUGCCGAACAAUGCUAGUGUUCAACGUGUAUGUACGGAGAUCAGCGCCAUACUUCAAGGCCUCGUUUUACAUCCUAUCACGAUGGACGAGAUCUGGAAAUGCAUUUGUCAAGUCGACGGUUAUGGACCUAUCUCAUGGCAAUCUAUCCUGGUCAAAUUGGACAUUCCGGAGGAGAAAAUACACUCAUUGCUUUUGGUGAUGGCGCGUGCGAGUAAUGAACGUUGUGAGUGUUUACGUUGA